CUCGCUGCCCGGCUCAGAGCGCUCUGAGGUCGGUCAGAGGACGGACAACAACCCCUCAGAUGAAGACUCUCAUGCCUCACCUUGCGAGGUCACAGUCUGACCUCUGACCCCUCCGAGGAGCAGCAGGAGCGCCAUGCAGGGCAGAGCAGCAGAGGCAGGGCCGUCCCCACUGACAGAACGUGGUGACCUCAUCAACACCCACAGGCCGGGGGCGGAGCCUCCUCAGCAGCUGGAUCCCCGAGCCCUGUGGCUGUGGGCGGAGUCUGGAGGCGGGGCCUGCUGCGAGACCACCUUCAUCGAAAGCCCCUCCCCCAUCUGUUGCUCAACCGGAUCUUCCAGGGAGACGCUGCGAUGCUCUGACAGCAAGUUACUGGAACUCAGUGGAGACGAGACCAAGAUUCCCCCGAUGACCUUUGACCGGGUUGGGGACGAGGAGUUGGAGAGCGAUUUCUCCAGCGCCUCCUCUCAGAGCGAUGACGCCUUCCUGCUGCUUCCUCCCAGAGAUCAUCGGAGCCUCAGCGUUUUCUCCAUGCUCUGCUGCUUCUGGCCGCUCGGCAUCGCUGCCUUCUACCUGGCGCACCAGACCAGCCGGGCGGUGUCUACAGGUGACCUCCACCUGGCCGGCUCCACCUCCAGGCGGGCGCUCUUCCUCGCCGUUCUCUCCAUCACCAUAGGAACCGGGAUCUACGUGGGCGUCACCGUGGCGCUCGUCGCCUACCUGUCCAAGAACCAGAAGUGGUAGCCAUGGCAACAGCAGCUGGAUCUGGAGCGAGCCUCGGGGGUUCUACGGGUUUUUGGACAUUUGUGUCUCGUCUGGUUCUGGAUUUUUCUCUGAAGGUUUUUGGAUGUUUGUAAACCUUCAUCAUCAUCAUCAUCAUCUGGUCCAGACGGUUCCGAUUCCCACUGGGAGGUUCUGGUUGCUCUAAACUGAAUCUGGGAUUGUUUUCCCUCUGCAGCUGGUUCUGGUUCUGGUUCAGUUCUGGUUCUGUUCACGGAGCUCCCGGUUCUUGACUUGAUGGAACUGGGUUGUUUUUCACAGUGACACAGGCCAAUGGUACCGGACCGGCCCAGCAGAACCAUGUGGGCUGGGUUUCCCUCAUUCAGCUGUGGACGACUGGUCCAGAAGGUUCUGCAGCUCUGACCCUGAUGCAGGUUCUGUUCAGGUUCUGUUCUGUGGCUCUGAGAGGGAGCCACGCUGCCACGUGAGCGUCCAGAGCCGGACCCGACCCGACCCGGUCCCCCCCGGUGUUUCUUCCUGCGUCAGCAGAACUAAUCUGUCCUCUGAGCUCAUUAACGUCCUGAUCCGUUUAGCUGCUGCUAAUAUGGGCCAGAACCAGCAGAACCAGAACCAUCAGGUUCUGCAGAAUGUCCAGAGAACUCAGAAUGUCUGAUGAGGCUGUGACCUUUGACCCAGGUGCGGCCCGAGUUCUGGAGCCGUUUUGGGCCGAUCCUCUCCAGAACCGGUCUCCUGUGGUUCUGUUCAUGACCCAUUUAGCUCCAUUUUGUUCCUAAAUAAAUGUAUUUUUAAAUACUUGA